AGAGCUGUCAGCGCAAAUUUAAAACUGCCUGUGGCUUCAUCCCCCUCGCUCCGUACUCCGGCCCCGCUCAUAGACCGCCAUGACUUCAUCCGCGACUCAUGACUUGAACUCAGGAGAGUGCUGCCACCUCAAGUGCAUUAUCAUUGGAGGAAGUAUUGCUGGUCUCUGUGCAGCAUACACUCUCCGUGGUUCUGCACAUGAGGUGAUUGUUCUGGACAAACGUGAUGACUGUGUCGAUACGCAUGGCGGUGUCCGAGUUCCGCCCAAUAUGUCACGGUUGUUGGAGACAUUGCCCGGAGGCAAAGAGUUGUUGCGAGAGCAUGGUAUUGAGUGUGAAGGGAUGACUUUCCUCGAAGGCGAAUCCUCCAAGGUCAUUGGCCGAAUGGUGUUCAUCGACGAAGUGUUGGAAGAUCUGGGGUGUAAAUUCUGGAUGAUUGCCUAUGACGUUCUGAUCCAGUAUCUACUGGGUCUCUGCCGCAACGCAGGCGUUCAGCUCAAGUUCCAGACGGAGGUUACAGCGGUACAUGCGGCACAUGGGCAGAGACCAGCAGUGGUAACGAUUCUAGGCGACCGCCUGGACUGUGAUCUGCUGGUUGGGGCUGACGGCCGAGAUGGAAUCGUCAUGGGCGCUAUCAACCAGCAGUCGGAACAGGACGAAGACGACUACGACAGCGACGGGGACUCGAUCUCUGAGAAACAGAGCAGCGCAGGAGUGUCUGAGAUUGUUUCGCAUUCUUAUUCCAUCAGCCUUUCUGCGAUGCGAGAUGACCCUGCACUAGUCUCACUUGCUCAGACCAAUGAGUUUAUGAUCUGGCCUGGCGCCAACAUUCUUGUCACUGGGCACAAGUCUGGCCAUGAUCUGUAUAUUCUGACGUGUACUCGCGUCACUGGCAUUCUGCCCGACGAUGUUGACACAGACUGGGACCCAAAUGCUCGACCUACCGUCGCAGCCGAUGUGGCCCUUACUGGACUAGAACCUCGUGUCGAACGAUUAUUCAAGAUUGCGCAUCAUUUCCAUUCGACGAUACAACGUGUGCCGAUCGUCCGUCGCAUCGUGCAUCCCACGGGCCUAGUUGUCAUUGGGGAUGCCGCCCAUACCAUUACAAUCAACGCCACACACAAUUCGUAAGUUCUCUUCCGGCCUUCAAUGCAUUCUAGUCAAAGAUGGUUAUUCCGUGUCUCAACAGAUCGAUGGCUGUGGAAGACGGCUUUGCCCUCGGUCGCGUGUUUUCUCAUGUCAGCUCCCCCCACCAAAUCCCGUAUCUCCUGCAAGGCUAUCGACAAGUCCGCUUUGCGCGUUCCAUGGCAACGGAGGCAUCUGAACUAGGGGCAUUCAUUGUCAUCACUUUCCCUCCUGGGCCAGCGCGCGAGAUGAGGAAUCAACAGCUGUCGCUGUCGCUGGUCAAUGUGGAUGACAUCUCGGAUGACAUCCUGGCUGCAACCUGGGGCACGUACUUGGUCCAGUUCGAUUAUGAUGCGAACGAGGCAGUGGAUGAAUGGUGGUUGAUGGGCAAGUUUAAUAUGCCUUACUGAAAAUAGAGACACAUACUCACACAUAGGAGGCUGCUUAUCACUCUCUAUGUUUAUAUCCACGACAGAUUCGUUUACUUACUUCUGUAUCUCUCCGAAAUACAGAGAAUUUACCGGAAAGCCAUGUUGCCCUUGUCAAUCACGCGGCCGUGAUGCAGUGAUGACUCGAUGCGGUAAUCGCUCUCCGGAAGCGAUCAUACAUGCACCUCCAAGUGCAGCACUUAUGGGCCGAAAUAUCGAGACAAAGUUCUACCAGCAAGAUGUCGUCCGCCGAGUCACAUCUCCCACCUCACAAUCGCCGGACGGCCAGGGUGUUACUGGGAUUGUUAUGAGAUGCUGGCAUGACGUCGAAGAGAUACCGCCAGCAACUGCCCAGAGCGAUCCGCUCAUGCGACCACUCAGCCAGGGAGAAGUCGGCGUAUCCUUCUUCCGAGACGCCGACAGCUCCCAUCGUCAUGAAUUCGAUCGACAGAUACUGCCCGAAGCCGAGCUCGUUCUCGUCGACCGGACAUUCCAUCCCGGCGAUUUCUGCAAGCGCACGGUCGACGGCCUCGUCUCGGGAGUCAUCACGGAAUCGACUGUAGAGGGACGAUGCGAGCAUGUUGUCACCGGGGAACGUGUCGGGGGUUGGACCAAGCUUGAAGAACUGGCGGACCGGACGUAUGCAGAGGUGGGGGACCUUGUGGUGGUGGACGAUUGGAUAGGUCAGGUCAUCGAGCUUUACGAUGAAGUCCUCGUGGAGACAUCGAACAAGGAGAUCGUGCGUCUCCCAGAGCUGGGGUCCCGGCUAUCUAUCGGCGAGCGAGGUCCGGACAUUCUUCCUGCGCCAGCGUCAUCAGUUUACAAUCUGUUUGGAUUUCUGCUUGGAAACACGCGACCAAGCUCGCAAGACAUGUGUGUGCAAGUCACUCACACGGUGUACGCCAUAACCUGGCUGGCCAUCAGUCAAGCCCUUGAUCCGGCAGUGACUGCCACGCGACAGCGACCGCAGCAGUUCUGGACUGCCGAGGACAUGUCGAGGUUGACGCUUAUCCGAAGUGUCUCUGACCUUGCGAUGCGAGUGGGCGAUCGUGUAGAGUUCAAAGACCCGGAUAAAGUUCCCAAGACCAUGCAUGGCCCAGAAAACGGGACCCAGAUUCCGAUCCAGACAUUUGCGGUCACGGAGACUCGCACUCAUGUGCAAGUCCUAUGGCAAGAUGGGACAAGAGAGACGUUGCGUUCGACGGAGUUGAUUCCGUAUCUAAAUCCGGACGAGUACGACUGCUGGCCGGGCGACUGGGCGCUCUGGAAUCGGGAAGACGAGAACCAAGCUGUCAUCAUACAGGCCGUGAAUCCGGAUCGCACUGUAUCGGUGCUUGUCCCUGAGACGGGGAAAACUGAGCUUAUCUCGGCUCUGGAACUUGAUCCCCACGGCGUGUCCGAUGCAGCUGCCAUCCACGAUUCGCCCUCGGAUGGACUCGGGGUCCGGCGCGGGGACUUCUUGUUUGUCCAUGCCGAGGGUGGGACCAACGGCUCGCGUGCUGCUGCGCGGGUGCCCAGAAUAGGCGAGGUCGAGGCUUGGGUCCGAGACGUCCCCGUAGUGAAUGAGCAGCUCGUCGGCUUUCGCAAGGAGAUGUCCGAGAUCGGAGAGAGCAUCGCACGCCGGCGGCAGCUCGAGAACAUUGCAGAACAACCGAUUCUGCGGCCUCUUGGCUCUGACGAGAGCCUGUUUUGGCUGGGCGAAGUAUCCGACAUCAAUCUCGAUGGGACGGUUCAGAUAGUACAUCCCAAUGGGACGGCCCGGGCGUAUCCGUUGCACCGAUUGACAAAAUUGUAUGACGGUAUAGACCAACUUGAAGACGACAUGUGGGACCAAGCAUCGAACGGUGACGAUGUCCAGUUCUGGUCCCUCGCAGACGGUGACUGGGAGGAAAACAGCAGCGACGGGUCGUGGCCUAAAUUUGACGAUACCGCCGAAUUCGACAGCCCUGAGCUGCAUGACGAGGUCCAAGACGCCUCAAUAAAUGACGAACCUCCCGAUGUCCCAAGUGCACCUCCCGAAGAACCUACGCUCGACUUGGAUGGGCCAGCCGUGCCAUCAGAGCCCGAGGAAGAUCCGGCCUGGCGGCGGUUCGAAAUACUGGCGUCUGCUCCCGUGGACCACGCUUAUUACAGCGCAACACCUGCCCGACCUUCGAAACAAUUCCUGACUAGGCUUUCCAGAGAGUACCGCACCUUAUCGUUCAUGUCAGACUCUAUUCUGGUUCGUGCCUACGAGGACCGCACCGAUCUUCUACGGUCGCUUAUCAUCGGACCCGAGAACACACCCUACGAAGAUGCACCGUUUGUCAUAGAUUGGAUGCUGGACUCGAAUUUCCCGCAGAGUCCCCCGCUGCUGCACUUUCUGAGCUGGACGAACGGAAACGGACGGGUGCAUCCCAAUCUGUACGAGGAGGGGAAAGUGUGUCUGUCUAUACUAGGCACCUGGGCGGGCGACAAGGACGAGAUCUGGAACGCGACUCGGUCCACUCUGCUGCAGGUGUUGGUCAGCAUCCAAGGCCUCGUCCUUGUCAAAGAGCCCUGGUUCUGCGAGCCGGCGUACGAAAAGCUGCGUGGCACUCAGGAAGGGAUAGUCAACAGGUGGGUUGCCGACUUCGAAUUGAUGUCGGCGGCGACUGCUGACUGGGCUGUCAGCCGCCUCUACUCAGAGAAGGCGUAUGUUCUAUCGCGGGGAUUCGUCCGACGCGCGCUCGAAUUAGCUCCGGGAGGGUUGGAGAGCGAGAUCGACUGGUUGUACCGGCGGAGCGGCCGUCUAGAUAAGGUGAUAUCGGAUGCGCAGAGGCUGAUUGAGAAGAGCAAGCAGGACGGGGAGUCCGGGGGCGACGAUUUGGCAGUUCCGCGGCUCAGUGCAGGAGGCAUAAUUACUCUCAGUAGGACAGUCUCGAAACUGAUGAGCCUGCCACCAUCUCCGACGUAA